AUGGCCGACGAGCCCAAUGGACAACACAUAAUCGCAAUCGACUCCGACGAGGAGGGCGAGCAUGCAAAAUGUGCAGAAGCCGAGGACGGCACGCUUGAGCCUAUAGACAUAUUUCUGGCGAUCGGGCCAAUAAAGCAUGCAGGGCAGGCUCUGGCAGCUGCAGCUGCCUCGGCAUUGGCUGCUGAGCCGCCUCGAGAAAGCAUCGUGUGUGGGUUAACGCUGCCACCAAGCCGGGGCCUUCUCACGCCCCAGCCGGUUGGCGAAACGCAGCUUUGGCUUCAGGAUCAAUCGCUGCGUGUGCGCUGCUUAUACGAUGAGGAGCCUGACGAGGAGGAAGAUGACCAGGAUGACCUGAUCAUCCCCCUUGCUGGGGUGAGCGAUGUGGAUGUUAAAGCUGAUGGCCAGUUUGUGAUCAUUUCUCUUUCCCCACCACUUGCUCCGACCGGCUUCGCUGUGGAGUUCAUGGCGGAAGGCCACCGAAUUUCGACAUUGACGCUCUCACCUUUCUUAGAGGAGCUGAGACCAGUGCUGGCAACGUUGAUGGCCUGGCUGCGGCAUCUCACUCUGCGUGGACCCCGUUCGCUGGGAUUGACGCCUCGGCCAGCUGUGGAGCCGUUUGCUCUUCGCUACCAGGGCACCGUCCUUGAAGAAAGGGACGUUGACCUGUUGGAGGAUGAGCAGUGGCUCAACGACACCAUUAUGGACUUUUUCAUGCGCUUGGCACUUGAUGUGGCUGCACCAUCCAAGCUGCAAGAGGAGCUGUACGUUGCAAAGACGCAGUUUUUUACCCGCCUCACCGCCUGUGGCGCGCACAGUGGUGAGAAGGGCUGGGAAAACGUGAAGACCUGGACCAGGAGCGUCUCAGGGGGCGUUGCCUCACAGAGAGUCCUCAUCUACCCCGUCAAUGAGGGCAACCUCCACUGGUGUGUGUUCUUCGUGUGCCAUCCGCACCGUGCCAUCGAGCUGGCGGACUCCAGUGAAGAACACCCAGAUGCGCCACGUAUCGUUUGCUUGGACUCUGCCUGGGAACCCGUGCCGAAAGACGACCAGAUCAAGCUGUUGAAGGGCUACCUGCGCAGAGAGCUCUUCAACAAUCCAUUGGGUGGCGCCGGCUUCAAGCUGGGGGCCGAUGGGACAGUAGCAGCGGCAUCCAUCCGAGCAUGGAAGGCUGCUGUGACUGGCCUGGAAAAGAUGAAGGCAAUUGAUGCGGACGUUCCAAAGCAGCAGAAUGUCUACGAUUGUGGCCUGUAUGUUCUUGAGUUUUUACUCUAUCUCCUGCGUACGCCUGAUCAGUUUCCAGUGUUGGGCCUAGAGUCGCAUCAGGAAUGGUUCGACCAGUCCAUCAUCUCCCAUCGUCGCAGUGAGAUGAAGCGAAUAGUGCAACGUUUGCUGAGUGAGGGCCGCGGGUCUGGGCAGGCAGACGUGGCUCUCCUCCUACGAGACAAAACGCUUUACCAAUAUGUCCGAGAGGCGCUCACCAGCGAGCCUCCGCCUCCACCCGCGGCUUCCGACGGCGAGGGUGGCGAUGGCGUCCCAUGGCGACCUCCGAACGCCACACCGGAGCCAGACAAUCCGCGGGCGCAGCCGCAAAGUCAGAUCGCUGCAGAGCACAUCAUGCAAGGCGCGUACGGCGCGCACAGCGAUUGGGGCCAGUUUGCUUGGCUGCCUGCAAGGAGAAGCGCUGGAUGGGAGGACUGGUCAGAUGCCGACUUAUACCGGAAGCGUGCAAGGCUGGAUGCAGCGGGCGCUUAA